GUGCCACAGACUCGGGCAGCAGUGACAGCCCACCUCAGCAUCGGCACAUUUGGCAAGCAGCACAACAAUCUGACUGCACGUCAACAAAGGACCAACAUCACCUGCUCUGCUUGCGCCAGUCCUGUAGCCCUGUGCUUUGCCAGCCCCGGUUUUCAUUUUCGGCUCGUUCACUAGCAUCCUUGCAAAUCGCCUGCACGUCACUUGAUGGUGCCCCGCUGAAGUCUACUUUCACCGCCCGCAACAUUCCCACAAUGAAGUCCUCGCCCCGCCCAAGCACUCGGUAGCACAUCACAUCACUCCAAGACCACUCUCAACCAUAUUGUACACAUCCUUGUAUGGUUGAGCCCUCCCCGAUCGCCUAGACUACACACAGACUGUUCCGCAUCGAGACGGCGGAGGAAAUGGAGGCCCAGGUCGAAAAUGCCAUCCAAAUCGCCUCGGACCCGACCUCCAACCAGCAGCUGCGCGGCCAGGCUAUUGAAUACCUCAAUCAGCUGAGGGCAGAGGGCACAGCAUGGCAGGCCUCUUUGGCUCUAUUCACCCGCGACCCUCGCGCCUCCGAUAUCAUUCGUCAUACCUCCCUUGACCUCGUCAACAAUGCCGUCCAGGAGCACCGGCUCGACGAGCAGAGCCUGGCAUACAUCAAGGACACGCUCAUGAGUCACAUUCGCCAGUCGUAUGCGCCUGGCAGCAGCUCGACCGACUCGACCCACAUUCAGAAUAAGCUCAUGCAGACUAUGACUUAUCUCUUUGUCGCAUUAUACCCUUCCUCAUGGCAGUCUUUCUUCGACGAUUUCCGUGCGCUAGCCGGCGAUCAGGCAGCUAUCGGCAGCACAAACACCGCCACGACUUUCUUGUACUUGCGCGUACUUGGUCAAGUACACGACGAGAUCGCCGAUCAGCUUGUGUCGAGGCCAGAAGAGGACAAGAAGCGCAACACUGAUCUGAAGGAUAUGAUCCGACAACGAGAUGCUCAGAAAAUUGCGGUAUCGUGGCAGGAAAUCCUGGGAAAGUGGAGGGAAAUCGACCUCGGCCUCGUUGAGAUGUGUCUGCGUACUAUUGGACGCUGGGUCAGCUGGACAGAUAUCAAUCUAAUUGUCAACCAGUCCAUGAUUGGCACGUUCCUGGAAAUGGCUGGACAGCAAGGCAUCAACGACCCAGACAGCCCAGCUGGGAGGGUUCGCGACGCAGCUAUCGAUACGUUCUCCGAGAUCGUUGGCAAGAAGAUGAGCCCAGCAGACAAAAUUGAGCUUAUACUGUUCUUGAACCUUUCAGAGAUCGUGGGCCAGCUCCUCGGAAGCCCAGCGUUGGCAGAGUACAACAGUCCGAACUACGACAACGAUCUCGCAGAGACCGUAGCGAAGCUUGUCAACAACAUCGUCUUCGACGUUGUCAAGAUCCUGGAAAGCGAAUCCGUCAGCGACGAGACCCGCCAGCGCGCCGAUAGCCUGGUUCGAAUCUUCACCCCAUACCUGUUGCGCUUCUUCGCCGAUCAAUACGAUGAAGUCUGCUCGACUGUCAUACCCGCCUUGACCGACCUCCUUACGUUCUUGCGCAAGCUUCAGAAAAAGACAGGAGCAGUUCCGGCUCAGUAUUCAGCCGUACUGCCACCCGUCUUGGACGCCAUUAUUGCGAAAAUGAAAUACGACGAGACGGCGUCUUGGGGUGAAGAGGAUGAACAAACAGAUGAAGCCGAAUUUCAGGAUCUGCGACGUCGGCUUCACGUAUUACAACAGACAGUCACCGCUAUUGAUGAGCCAUACUACAUCGAGACCCUCAGUCGUGUGGUUAACGGCACCUUCGGCCGCCUCUCGCAAGGUGACGGAAGUCUGAAUUGGCGCGACCUCGAGCUGGCUCUUUACGAGAUGUACCUUUUCGGAGAACUCGCGGUCAGGAACCAAGGACUGUACGCCAAGCGCGAGCCUUCAUCUGUCGCUGCUCAGCAGCUUGUGGGUAUGAUGCACAGCAUGAUCGAUUCAGGUCUUGCAAACUACUCACACCCUGCUGUACAGCUCCAGUAUAUGGAGAUAUGCGUCCGAUACUACCAAUUCUUCGAGCAGAACCCGCAGCUUAUUCCUAAGGUUCUCGAAAACUUCGUCACCUUAACUCACAGCAACCAUGUGAAGGUUCGCUCGCGGUCGUGGUACCUAUUUCAGAGACUAGUGAAGCACCUCCGAGCCCAGCUUGGUAAUGUUUCUUACGACAUCAUCCAAGCUGUUGGCGAUCUACUUGCGAUCAAGGCGGAAGUCCCAGACACUUCAGAAGACGACAUGUCCUCAGACGAAGACGACCAGUCUGCGGACGCCUUAUUCAAUUCCCAAUUGUUUCUCUUUGAGGCUAUCGGAUGCAUAGCUUCUGCAAACACGGUCUCUGUUGAGAACAAGCAGCUGUAUGCACGAACGAUUAUGAGCCCUCUCUUUGCCGAUAUGGAACAGACGCUUCCUCAGGCUCGCAAUGGAGAUGAACGAGCGAUCCUCCAGAUCCACCAUAUCAUUAUGGCACUCGGUACCCUAGCGCGUGGUUACUCCGACUGGGUGCCUUCGGCUAACAAUACUACCGCUCCUCUUACCGAAGUCGCUGACGAGUUUACCAAGGCUUCUGAGGCUAUGCUCGUCGCCCUUCAGUCCCUCAACACUUCAGGAUCGAUUCGUCACGCCGCGCGCUUCGCAUUUUCAAGAUUGAUCUCUGUCCUCGGUUCUCGACUAUUACAGCAGUUACCUUCUUGGAUCGAAGGGCUGCUCUCGCUCAGCUCUUCCAUGGAUGAGAUCAGUACUUUCCUCAAAGUCCUUGCACAGGUCAUCUUCACGUUCAAGUCGGAGAUUGCAAGCAUCUUGGACACAGUCAUGACUCCAGUUUUGCAGCGCAUAUUCACAGCGCUUGCAGUGACACCAUCUGGGACAGAUGACGAGAUCCAGCUGGCUGAGCUCCGUCGCGAGUAUCUCAACUUCAUUACCGUUGUUCUCAACCAGAAUCUUGGGUCUGUCCUUGUCAGUAGCGCCAACCAAGCAACAUUCGAGCCCGUGAUCACAUCGAUCGAGACUUUUGCUCGCGAUACACGGGACUAUCAGACAGCACGCCUCGCCAUCUGCGUCGUCAUCCGCAUGAUCGAUGUAUGGAGCGGUCCAGACAAGGUCGGCCCUGGCGCAAACUCAACGCCGACAACUCCUGGCACCGAGCCGCUACCCGGGUUCGACAACUAUGUACUUGAGCGCUUCUCGCCUCUUGUGUGGUCAAUCCCUGCUGCUCCCGGCUUUAACUCCAAAGAUGCACAAGCCAAGCAAGUCCUCCACGAGACCGCCAAUCUGCAGACUGAGAUCAUUAAAAAGGUUGGAGAACCAUACGUGGAACGUCUACGCAGUGAUCUGAGCGGCAUGGGUGUCGGCGGGGAUGUUGUAGAUCAGUAUCUACGCACACUUGCCGGCGCCUUCGAGGGCUCCAAGAAGGAGAAAGAGUGGAGGAGCUUCUUUGCGCAGUUCGUGGAGCGCGCAAUGUCAGGCAGGACAUGAAAUACAGAAGGAAAAAGAGACUAAUUCAAAUUUCCUAGGCAUCUAUGGUGACGGCGGCAUCCUCCGGCGCGCAUUGGACGGCAUUGGCAUGUUUUCGAGAUAACCCCAUAUAGCACCAGUUCGCUUUCGUAGCUGGAAGGAAAGACAUCAAACAUUACAAAAAUACAUACUCACUUCGCACAAUUCAUACGGU